AUGGACCUCGCGGGCCCGGUGCCCGAACUCAAAUCCCACACGGGCUCGACAUCCAAGCCCGACGACGCCUACCUCUCCGACUUCACGCGUCUAGGCGAGCAGAUCUACUAUUAUGCGCCCACAAGCACGUCAAGGUCAACGCCAACAACGUCAAGUACGACGGACGUCGUCGCCACCGCUGUCAAACAAUCAACCCCCGAUCCUGACCUUAUUAUCAUCUGCUCCUGGAUGUAUGCCCUCCCCCGACACAUCGCGAAAUACACGCAGGCUUACCGGGCGAAGUAUGCCUCGUCGCCGAUCCUCCUCCUGCGCCAAGACGGCGGCGACUUUUUCUGGCGCACGCACGCGACGCAGAUGCGGAACUUGGAGCCCGCCGCCUCUGUCAUCCGAACGCUUCAACGCAGAAGUCACAGCGUCGACACCACGCAAGUGGACCAAAAUGCCAACCCCAGACCGGAAGCGAAAGCGAAGGCGAAAGCGAAACUGAGGGUGUUGAUGCAUGUUUUCUCCAACGGCGGUGCCUGGUCGGCAUGUCAGCUUGCAGAUGCUUACGCGUCUGCCUUUUCCUUCACCUGCCCUUCUAUAUCCACAUUAUCGCCCCGGGAGAGUGAUCACGCUAAUGCCAUCCUCCCCAUCGACGCCCUAAUCCUAGACUCAACCCCCAGCCUGCCCGACCCGCGGGCCUCGCACGCCGCCAUCUGCGAAGCACUCCCCAGCCCGACGACAUACCCGCUCACGCGCAAGGUAGGCGAGACGGCGGUAUGGUGUUUUCUCGCCCUCGCCUCGGGCGUGGACGCCCUGUUCGGGAGGGAACACCUCACGCUGAACAUCCGGCGCAGACUGAACGAUCCCGCGGGGGCCUUCAUGCAGCCUGGCCUGCGGAGAGUGUAUAUCUACAGUGAGACCGAUGCGUUGAUCCCGGCGUCGGACGUGGAAUUGCAUGCCGAGGAAGCGAGGGCGAGGGCGAGGGCGAGGGUCAUGGCGCGAGAAAAGGCGGAGAACAAAGGUGGGCUGGAGACCAGUACUGAUAUAUCAACUCCCAUUACUGGGGACGACGAGAGUAAUGGUAGCGGUAGCGGUAACGGCAACAACAACGGUAACAGUAUCAGUGACAAGGGUGACGGUACCAGUACCGGUACCGGUGACAGUAUUACUACCAGCGACGACGGUACUGGUCCCGGUGCUGACGCCAAUACUCGUAUAUGGCUCGAGAAAUUCGAGCAUACCCGGCACGUAGGACACAUGCAAGGCGAUCCGGGCCGGUAUUGGGCUGUUGUUGAGAGGGCGUGGAGGGGUGGCCGCCGCGAGGACCAGGACCAGAAUAAAGGCGAGGACACAACAGACAGUAGACAGUAG